AUGGCGGAGAUAGCUUUUCUCUUGCUUUUUAACAUCGAGCUUAUUUUAAAAUUCUACACAUAUGGCUGCAGAGAGUUUUUCGCGAACGGGUGGAAUAAGUAAGUCCAUGCAUAUAUUUUGUUUCAAUAAAUUUUGCCGUGUUGGUGGCAGAAUGGUAAUAGUGCACGCCACAGUGCGCCUGUAACCUCUAGCUCGACAAUCAGUGCUAAAUUCUUACAGUUUCUCAGUUGCGACGAGAAGAGUGUUCCCAGUGACUCUACCAAACACCACAGGUUUUCCUCCUGCAUGAAUUAACAACACUGGACCAAUACUGUAAGGGAUUUCCAAUGAGAACAGUUCAGACAUGACCAGUAGAGCUAAAGAUAGACUGUUUCCAUCAUUGUUUCUUCUUUAUUUUCCCAAUAUUAUAGGUUUGAUUUUAUUUUCAUCGGAGGUGCAACCGUGGCAUUUAUUGUCGAAUUGUCUGGCGUUUCAGGUACGAUCAGAAAGACGGAAUAAAUUAAUCCAGUGUGCGUCUAUAAUGAGUCUAAUGGAAAUAUAACAUAACAAAUAAGGCCUGUUCAUAUAAAGCCUGGUUUGCCGAGAAGCUCGCCUGAGUGGAAUAAACUAUUUCUGUGUUUAUAAGACUGUUCUUAUCCCACCUAAUCUCCCCUCCGUGGGGCAACAUUAUUUAAACAUAACGUCUUCGAAAUAUUUUUUGUUGUAAUACAAAUUACGUCACACAUACUUUUGGUCUUGGAGAGUAAAUUACGCAAGGUGAUUGGCUCACGAUUCAUGAGAGCGAGGCUCUCAGGCCAAAUGACGUAAUUAUCGUGUAUUAAACAAACUGCAUCUUAUAUUACGACUUUACUUGUGUGAAAUUGACUGAGAUCCCACCUAGCCAGGCUGGUUUGUUUCUCUUUAUAUGACCACAAAUGGGUUUUAUAUGCGUUAACAAAGGGCAUGCAGAUCUCACUCAGGUGGGUUUCCCGGUUAGCUGCACCCAUAUGAACACCGCCCAUCAGGGACGUCGCGAAGGCAUCAACAUUGGGGGGGUGUCGUCAUGUUUUGACCAACAUUUCCUAGGAUUUUGACCAAGUCGUAAAAAUCUUUCCUGAAAAUAUUGUUGACGGGGGCGAGGUCAAAAAAAUUUUCGGACUAACAUAAGCAGAGUCAAAAAAAUUUUUCCGCACUAACAUAAGCAAAUUCAAAAUUUUUCGACCAAGAUAAGCAAGGCUACCAAUUUUUUCACCGCAAACAUAACAAAAGCUUUGAAAUUGUUAAAAUUGCGAACCAUUUCAUAGCUUUGGGCAACUUCGACCAUCUUUUAUCCCAAACUUUGACCAAAUUUUUCCCAGUUUUACCUUCAAUUUUAAGCAAAUAUUAGUUCCAUUUUGACCAACUUUGGGCAAAUAUCACUUCCAUUUUGACCAACGUUUGAAUUAUUUGGGUAGGGGGGGGGGUGUAAACCCCCCCCCACACACACACACACACACACACCCCUAUAGCGACGUCCCUGCCGCCCAUAAUGAUACAUCAUAAUUUAAAUGCAGCGACCACUGAGCUGUAGUAACAUGAAAUAUUUUUUUCACUUCAGUGACAACAAGUCAAUCUGUAUAUGAUUUAUUCAUGAUUCUUCGGGUCUUACGAUUGAUUAAAGUCAUAGGGGCAAUUAAAAGGUAAUGUACAUUAUAAAACUCAUUAAUAAUUCAUGAAAAAAAUUCAAAAGAAAUUAAUGUUUAAUCAAUGUUUGUAAAUCGCAUAAAGAUUUGUCCUGAUUUACAUAAACGUUAGCUUUGAUUUUCUCGGCUUAGACAAUGUUUAUUUUUAAAAUUACUUCACCAAUGAACUCAUAAGAUGGGUCGUUUUAUAAGCACGACAAAACAUUCGCAUCAGAUCUUUAUCUGAUAUACAAACUCUCGAGUUUUUAUGUCAGAUAAAGAUCGGCUGGUCAUGUUUUAACUAGUACUUAUUAUUCAGCUCACUUCCCAAGCUUGUAAACGUCAGAACGACAGAACACUCCUAGACUUACAAGACUUGUAAAGAAUAAAAAUUAAUAAAAUAAACAAAAUAAAUAACGAUCUACAUCUUUGCUUGGGCUAAAACUAAUUAAAGAGUGCUGAUACGAUUAGCCAAUUUGGAAUUAUUAGUAAGACAAUAAUUGAAGAAAAAGGAUGUCAUUUUCUUUUUUAAUUUGUAGGUUCAAAGUUGUAGUGAAUACGGUUCUACAGAUAGGACCAUCCAUUGCCAUUUAUGGAGGAAUUGUGUUUGUAAGACAUUCUGAUUUUAAAAACAUGUUUGUACGAUUAGGCCAAAUACUUGGUUAGCGUCACACUCUCACAAAUUUUCAGAGGCGGGAGGGCGUUUUUUUUAAAAUUUUUACUCGUUUCUUAAUUUUUUAAUCGUAUUUUUGGGGGGAUGGGGGCGGUUUUUCCACCAUAUCGGUGAUAUUUGUUGUACUGAUGUUGCGAAGGCCGCCAUUUUGCUAUAAGAACCCUAUAUACCCUAGCCCACGCGCUCCUAUCGAUCAGUAUAUAGCGCGAAGGUCUGAGCAUCAGAAAAAUUUCAAAUAUUAAACUGUUUUAAGUUGUAAAACGAAGAAAUUUACAUAAAAAAAAGAAAAAUUCAGAGGCGGCAGAAAUCGAGAGGCGGGCGGUGACGCUAACCAAGUUUUUUUUUAUUUGGCCUGACUCGUAUUGCUUGUUUGUUUAUUUGCCUGUUUUCUUGUGUGUGUGUUUGUUUACUUGCUAUAGGUUGUUUGUUUGUUUGUUUGUUUAUUUGUUUGUUUGUUUGUUUACUUGCUAUAGGUUGUUGGUUUGUUUGCUUAUUUGUUUGUUUGUUUACUUGCUAUAGGUUGUUUGUUUGUUUGUUUGUUUGUUUAUUUGUUUGUUUGUUUACUUGCUAUAGGUUGUUUGUUUGUUUAUUUGUUUGUUUACUUGCUAUAGGUUGUUUAUUUGUUUGUUUAUUUGUUUGUUUACUUGUUAUAGGUUGUUUGUUUGUUUAUUUGUUUGUUUACUUGCUAUAGGUUGUUUGUUUGUUUAUUUCUUUGUUUACUUGCUAUAGGUUGUUUGUUUGUUUACUUGUUUGUUUACUUGCUAUAGGUUGUUUGUUUGUUUAUUUGUUUGUUUACUUGCUAUAGGUUGUUUGUUUGUUUAUUUGUUUGUUUACUUGCUAUAGGUUGUUUGUUUGUUUGUUUAUUUGUUUGUUUACUUGCUAUAGGUUGUUUGUUUGUUUAUUUGUUUGUUUAUUUGUUUGUUUACUUGCUAUAGGUUGUUUGUUUGUUUAUUUGUUUGUUUACUUGCUAUAGGUUGUUUGUUUGUUUAUUUGUUUGUUUACUUGCUAUAGGUUGUUCGUUCGUUCGUUUGUGUAGUUGUUUGUUUGUUUACUUGUUUGCUCGUUCGUUUGUUCGUGCUCGUUCGUUCGUUCUUACACUAACUUCAACUUUCUUUUAGAUCUUGUUUUAUAUGUAUGCAAUACUUGGCAUGGAAUUAUUCCAAGGCAGAAUCAGAAUGCUUGGCUAUUCAAACGCAACCACGAAUGCGACAGAGUUAUUCUGUGGAGAUGCGAAGUUAAAGAAUUCUGGAUUUUAUAAAGACCAUUAUUGUGGAGAAAAUUUUAACGAUAUUUUGAAAUCCCUAAAAAUGUUAUUUGACUUGAUGGUUGUCAAUCAAUGGCACAGUAUCCUUUGGUUUCUAUCAGUUCUCAACUGUCCAUUAUCAGUUAAUUCUGUGAUAUUCUCUCGAGAGGGCAGAGGUCUUGUAAGCGCCAUCCGUUAUAUUGAGCAAGUGUUACCAGAGUAUACUACCCGAAGAAAACUUGCGAUGUUUGGAUUCCAUCAAAAUGAAAGUUCCCUUACGCGAAGUUAUGAUCAGAAAACUGCAUUAUUGCAAACUAUUUAAGACAAAAAAAGGCAAACUAUUUAAAAAAGGCAACCUAUUUAAAAAAGGCAAACUAUUUAAGGCAUAAAAAUACACAAGCACCGUAUCUCGAACAUUUCAGUUGUUUUUUUGUCUUGUUGCAUGGUCCUGUGUGUUGCCUUAUUAAGUUCGCUCUGAUAAAUCCUUAACAUUGUACAGUUUUAACUCAAGGUUUUGUGAUGGUGACUAGCAAGGCUGCUAGACUAUACUUUGUCUCGUUUCAUCUCAUUUGCGUUAUACUUGUUUUAAAGUAUGUGUAGAUUUCAUAUUGGCAGAGACAUUAUCUACCAUUCAUUGUUGGAAAAAAACUCUAAAAAAUAUAUGAUAAUUUCGCUCUUUUACAGCAUAUUUGUGGCGUUUAUCAUCGAAGCGUUCAUGCUCCAGUACACAUUUUCUCUUCGAAAGUUUGAAUCUGAACUUCAAAAAGUUAUUCAGGAAAAAGGAGUUGGUAUUGGAAUGUAAGUGGAAAUUCUCAAAUUCAUGCUUUUGCAUUGUAUUGUAUUGAUUACUCUAGGUAUUUACUUAGCUUUCUUCUUCUUCAUUUUGAUCUUCAAUAACCGUUGUUUUAUAUUGUUACUAUCAGUUCUCAAUACACUGUAUCCUGGGAAUCCUCUUCCCUUAGUACCUUCAGAUCUCUAUAUCGCUCAAUCUCAUCCUUUGUCUCCCAAUUGUUCUAAGUCCUUCUUUUUGGAGUCUCUUCACCACUACUCUUUACCACAUAUAUCUGGAGCAAGAAUUUCAGUCAUUCGACCUAUAAGAAAAGUUAAGCCAAGAUGGCGACCAUCGAGGUCGUAAACAGCUUUUAUACGAUUUUCCCUAGCUAAUUCCAGUUUUUUUCUAACGGACCGUAUCACUAAGUUAUCAGUACAUUCAUAAAACCAUAGUGUUAUUCUUUAAAUCAAUGUCAAAAUACGAAAUUUCGGCACACUCCUUGUCAAGAUGGCGGAAAUUGAAGGAGCUAUUGGACGCAUGAACUAUAGGCAAUCUUUUAGGUUUACUUCUAGUUCAAUGAUUGGACGUCAGUUCCAGUACCUUUCACUUUUUGGACUCGAUUUCUCGAGUCCAAUCCCAAUUUGACUUGAUCUUGUUCCACAUUCUAUACUGGACAUCCUCUUCUUCUAGGUUUAGUUUCCUCAUAUCUCUUUCCUUAUUAUCUCUCUAUCUCAUCCUCUGUCUCCCAACUGAUCGUUGUCCUCCUAACUUGACCAGCUCCAUCCCAAUUUGACUUGAUCUUGUCCCACAUUCUAUACUGGACAUCUUCUUCUCUCAGGUUUAGUACUCUAUCUUUUCUAUCUCAUCUUCUGUCUUUCAAAGGUUUGUCAAACAGUCCUUGAUUGAGUGUCACCAUGCUAACCUGACUCUGGAUCUUCUUUCUCUCAUUAAUAAUUCAUGAUAACUUAGCUAACAAUAUUGCUUUAUUUUGCUCACAUGAUAAUACUGGAUACCUGAUUAAGUAUAUUGAUCCAAUCCUAGGACAGGAUCAAAAUUAAUUCAGUCCUUGGACUGGAUCAAAAUUAAUUCACCUUACUUUGAGUGGUGAUAUAUUCGUAUGAGAUGUUAUUUCAAAUCUUCCAAUUCGGACUGGAUUUCAACUCCUUGCACGGACUUGAAAUCUAGUCCAGUCCUCAUAGUCGGAAUUGAAAUAUUUACAUCAACUAACGAGUUUGAACUAUCGCAUUCUUAAUUGUAAUCACUAAUACGGUCGGUUGUUGCUACCAUGCAAUACACUGUUGGCGCCAUGUAAUACACUCUAUUCUAGGGAUCCUCUUUGACUUCUUCCUUGACUUCCUCCUGAGUACCCUUAUGCCUUUUACACAAUAUCUCUUCAUCUUUCGUUUAACUGUUCGUUGUCUUUCUAGUGGUUGUCUCUUUCUAGUGGUUGUCCUUUGACUGGAUCUAUCUCUAAGGAAAAAACUGGGAAAGAGGUUGUCUCUACAUUCUAUCCCCGACAUCCCUCUUCUCUCAAAUUUAAUCAAUGAUCUCUUCCCAUAUUACUUCACCAUCUCAUCCUUUUUUUUCCAACUGUAUGUCGUCCUUCUUUUGGGUGUCAUUUUCCUCACUAGACUUAAUCUACAUUAUAUUCCGGGCAUCCUCUUCUCUUCUUCGACUUAGUACCUUCCCACAAUAUCUCUUCCUCUCAUCGGCUUUAUAUCCCAAGUCCUUCUUUUAGGUGUCUCUUUACUAACUUGACUGGACCUUCCACCACACUCGAUAUUGAGCAUCUUCUUCCUCUAGUUUUGUUACCAUCACAACCACCGCCAUCAUCUUUGUUUUGGUUCGGAUUGAAGCUCGAAACAAGACAUGAACACGUGUUUACCAUUACGAAACGAUCAAGUUCUGUUUCAUCAUUACCAUCCCUCAUCACAAUCACCGUUGCACCAUCACUAUAUCAUCAUUACCACCAAACCAUCAUGACAAUCUUCAUCACCCUCCGGUCUCGUUUGGUAAUUUUCUCCAUUACAUCCUCUGUUCGGUUGCUUGUCCUCAAUGUUGUGUCACCAUGUUAACCUGACUGGAUCUUCUUUCUCUCUUCAACUACGAACCAUCGCAUUCCCGCUUCUCUAAACCACAUUUCUACUUCAGGACACCAAUCACAGAACGAAGUCGUACAGGUACGACUCUAAGUGUAGACCUAGAAGCAGCCAAUGGCAACCUUCAGCGAACGCCAAGCCAGACCACAGUGCAAGAAUACGCCAUGAACGAGGAGAAACGAUAUUGUUUGAUGGAAAAUCAAAUAAAGACUGGAGAAAAUUUACUUCAACAGAUGUUUGAAAGUGGGAUAGGACCUGAAGAUAUGGGCCCACAAACUCCGUUUGAAUUCAAAGUAACAGAAGUUGAAUGGGGUUGGAAUAACAUCACUUUUAAUACUGUUGGAUAGUGUGCAACACUGUCAAUUCUAGUAUAUUAACUAUAUUGGCGAGUUUUAGUAAAUGUUGCAGGACAGCAGAUGGUGAUCAACUUCGCA